UCUGAAUUCUGAAGUUUCUGUACUUGCCCGAGAGAGGAGAUUUCGGGGGUGUAGCGCAAAGUAAACGCGCGCAAGAUAUCCAAUCGGCUCUUGUCAGUCCUGUCGUCUCUUAUGUCUUGUUUAAUAAUGUCUAAAUUCGUCGGCUCUUGUUGCUUGGACUCUUGGUCUGGCGAAGUGGCGAGGCUCCGGAGUCUGCACGCUGCACAUGACGCAUGAUCGCUCGCUAAGCUGGAGGGUUCAUUUGUUCAUUGCAAGAAUUUUGUGCGUAGAAGGAUUUUGUCAUCCAAAUCGAGCACUAGCACUCAAGUUAAAUAUAAUGGACUAUGUUGGAACCGAUUUUGCACCAAAGCUUUCCCAAACAUUUGAACGUAGCAACAGAAGUCGAUUGUCCAUAAGAAGAAAACUUGGAUUGCGCAGAGGGACUGAACAAUCGCAUGUACAGCAGGAGGAAACUCCAUCCGAGCCUCAAUUUAAGUGCCUAGUCAUAAAAUCCAGCAGCCUGUUGUCAAGGCAUGAUAAAAUUGGUACUUACGGCAAAAAGUCCAAUGUUGAUAAAACUCGAAAUGAAAGAGCUCUUUCAGUACCAACUGCUGGCUGGAAAUUGCUGACCGAUGAAAAUGGGAUUUCUUCAUCAUCAAGCAAACGCCCAAAAUUUGCUGCCAAAGUUUCUACCGAAAGCGAGACUGGAGGACGAAAAGACGAAAGCAGUGAAGAAUUCAACACUCCGACCACGAGAAGGAAAAAAACCAUCAGAAAUGAAAAGAAAAGUUAUCUUCCGAAAUCCAGUGAACUUGAGGCCAAAGGCUUCUGCAGAGUUUGCCAGCUGCCUUUCAUUUGCAUCAAAGAUUCUGAAGUGUCGGAGCAUGUCAGGACAUGUGAAGUUUCCGAGGAUUCAUUUGAAACAGAAUGUUAUGAUGGCCUAAAUUGCAAGUGUCGAGUAAGGGCUCACUACUCAGAAUUUAAACACACCUGGCUGGCAAAAUUUCGAAACAAUUGUGAACAAUCGACAAGUUCAUCCAGCAAGCGGAGGAAGCCCGUACAGAUUGAAAUUGAUGGCAGCCUAGAGACUCCUGCUUGUGCACCACAAGGCAUGCCAUUUGAAUUAGCAGCAGUGUCCACUUAUUCCACAAAGGUGUCAGAAAACCCAUUUCUGGAUUCCGAUUUUGAACACUCCCCAUAUUUGCCUCCUGAUUUUGGUGCAAUCAACAAGGACGAUUUUGUGGAAACUGCUGCUGAACUUCUGGAAGAGGGGCAACCAAGUUCAGGCAGUUCCUGUGCCUCUGACAAAGAUAAACUCUCCGUGAAAAUUAAAUGGAAAGGGCAAUGUUUUGAUUUCAGUUUGGAGGAUUGUGACAAUUUCCCAGCAGGUUUGGCCCUGAAAGUUUGUGGAGGUUGCAAAUCCAUGGCUUUGGAAAUUCGGUGCAAAGAAGUAGUGGGUCAGUACUAUCGAGAUAAACAAGGAGAAGCUGCAGAGAAGGAUGAGAAGCCAGCUUCAUUUCCCAUUAAGAGCAGUAAUACAUCUUCAGCUCCAGACUGCAGCUCGUAUUUUUCUGCGAGCUCAUCAAUUGGUUCUGAUAGUCGAUGGUCAUUGUGGAAACCCAUCAAUGCAUUUCGGCAAGCUUUCUCGAGUUUGUGGGUGAAAAGAGAUAAAUUCCUUUCUGGCCCAAACAAUGCUUUUAUCCUAUUCUGUGAGUCGCAGUAAGUUUUAUGUGUCGC